AUGGCUAAAUUACAAAUCAAUAUUAAUCAUUUCCACAGAGAUAUGAUGGACAAUGAAGAGUAUAAGAAGAGACAAGAGUACUUUGCGUCAGAGGCAGCGACCUUAGAUGAAAAGAUUAUUAAAGAGAAAUCAAAGAAAAUAAAAAGUCCAAAGUCAGAAGAAGAAGUUUUAAUCGAAGAUAGAAAAUCAAGAUUACCAUCAUCUGAAGAGAUUUAUAAUAGAAUCAAGUGGAGUUGCGCAAUUAACGCAAACAUUGAAGAUUUCUCGAUUUUAUAUGAAGAUAGAUUUAUUGGUUUGAAGGAAGUACCUUACAUCGAGUUUGAAUUAGGUGCCAUUCCUUUGCAUAGAGUGAAAUCAUUCAAAUACCAAAACAAUCUGAUUUGGGAUAGAACGACAAGAUUUAUUAAUUUCCCAGAGGAAUUACUUUAA